AUGUUUGAUGAAAUUCGAUAUGAAUUGAAUGGAAUUGAAAUCGAUCGUACACGUUAUCUAGGUGUAACUACGAAAGUUAAAAAUUGGAUUUCUCUAAGUGAAUCUGAAAGUAAAGUUAUGAGUAAUGCUGGAUGGGGUGUUGAUGAUGUGUCAACCAAUUCCUUCAACUUUUGCAUGCCACUGAACCGUUUGCUUGGAUUUGCUGAAGACUUCAAAAAAGUAAUUUGUAAUAGCAAACAUGAUUUGAUUCUUUUGCGGAGUGCCAAUGAUACAAAUGUAUGCUAUUCUACAGACUCAAAAGAAGAUAUUCGUCUUACUAUUACAAACAUUGUGUGGAAAGUGCAACACAUAAAUUUGUCUGACUAUAGAAAAAUUAGUUUCUUGAAAACAAUAAAGGAUGGAAAAACAUUACCAAUAGCAUUUCGUAGCUGGGACUGCUACUUUAAUCCAACAUUUGUUGGUGGAAGACAACACAGCUGGAAUGUUAAAUUAUCGGCAAAUCAUGAAAGACCACGAUAUGUGGCAUUUGUAUUUGAAAAAGAUCACAAAUUGAUGCAUUGUGAUCUUCAAAACAUCAAAGUACAUUUGAAUUCAGAAACGUAUCCCUAUGAUGAUUUAAAUCUAAAGUAUGGAGAAAAUCGCUAUGCAGUACUUUACGAUAUGUAUACCAAGUUUCAAGAAACAUACUAUAUGAGAGAACCACAUCCACUUCUUUCCUACAAAGGCUUUAAAGACAAUCCAAUUGCUGUCAUUGAUAUAAGUAAUCAAAACGAAGUCGUGAAGAAUGGACCAAUUGAUUUGAAGAUCCAAUUUGAAACCAGUACACCAAUUCCCCCAAAUACUUUAGCAUAUUGUCUGAUUAUCCAUGAUCGUCUGGUGGAAUACAUACCUUUGACUGGAAUUGUUCGAAAAGUAGUAUAA